CCGGUGUCUAAUGACGGAUGUGACAGGUGAAUUCGUGUUCGUGACAACACAUUUGACAUUUUUGACAUCGUGUUAAAUUUUCCAAAACCCUCCCGAAAAUCGCGUAUUAAACCAAACCAGCCCGAAUUAUGUUACCGUGGGAGUAAUUCCGCACGUUUGACUUUGCCGGACGCCGGUGUUCGCGAAAACUCGUGCUCAUGUGGCAAUAACCCAGCACACCUGUGUUUUUGUGAUAAUGUCGUCCUCAGCAAUCUACAUUCUCGAUGUUAAGGGCAAGGUCCUCAUUUCGCGGAACUACCGGGGCGAUAUCGACCUGGGGGUCAUCGAGAAGUUCAUGCCACUCCUCAUGGAAAAAGAGGAAGAGGGCCUUCUCACACCCUUGCUCCAAACGAACGACUGCACGUUCGCUUACAUCAAAACCAACAACUUGUAUAUCGUGAGCACGACUAAGAAAAACGCAAAUAUUGCCCUCGUUUUCGUUUUCUUACACAAAAUCGUCCAAGUUAUGACUGAGUACUUUAAAGAACUGGAGGAGGAGAGUAUAAGGGAUAAUUUCGUCGUUAUUUACGAGCUUUUAGACGAAUUAAUCGAUUUUGGGUACCCACAGACUACCGACAGCAAAAUCCUGCAAGAAUACAUCACUCAAGAAGGGCAUAAGUUAGAAAUACAACCCAGGAUUCCCGUGGCUGUAACUAACGCGGUCUCGUGGAGGUCUGAAGGGAUCAAAUACAGAAAGAACGAAGUAUUUUUAGAUGUUAUAGAAAGUGUUAACUUACUGGCAAACGCCAAUGGGAACGUUCUGAGAAGCGAAAUCGUCGGCGCUAUCAAAAUGCGAGUUUACUUAUCUGGCAUGCCAGAGUUACGUUUAGGUUUGAAUGAUAAAGUAUUGUUUGAGAGCACCGGUCGUGGUAAGUCCAAAUCCGUCGAAUUAGAAGAUGUGAAGUUCCAUCAGUGCGUCCGACUGUCGCGGUUCGAGAUUGACAGAACUAUUUCUUUCAUUCCGCCUGAUGGGGAGUUUGAAUUGAUGUCGUACCGGCUCAACACGCACGUGAAACCCCUAAUUUGGAUUGAAUCAGUAAUUGAGCGCCAUGCUCACAGUCGUGUGGAGUACAUGAUUAAAGCUAAAUCACAGUUCAAAAGGCGAUCGACGGCUAAUAAUGUCGAGAUUGUAAUUCCGGUACCUCACGACGCGGAUUCGCCUAAAUUUAAAACUACAAUUGGCAGCGUGAAGUAUGCACCUGAACAGAACGCCAUAACGUGGACUAUUAAAUCAUUCCCAGGUGGAAAAGAGUAUUUAAUGAGGGCACACUUUGGUUUACCAAGUGUGGAGUGUGAAGACACGGAGGGGAAACCCCCGAUUCAAGUUAAAUUCGAAAUUCCUUAUUUCACAACAUCCGGAAUACAAGUGCGCUAUUUGAAGAUUAUUGAGAAAAGUGGAUACCAGGCUUUACCCUGGGUGCGCUAUAUUACUCAGAACGGGGACUACCAACUGCGCACUAAUUAACGCUGUAGCAUUGCAGAACAAAUGUUUUGUAAUGAUGUAACUGACUUUUGCAAAUAUAUAAUUUUGAAAGAG